AUGAACCCGAAACCUUCAAAAUCGAACGUAAAAUCGUCUCAUGGAGCAACAGCAUCUUAUGUUCGUCAACCACGGCAACGUAAAGCGCAAAAUUAUCUUCUCAUCUGGGUAGAUGCCAGCAUCGACCAAGCAGACAAGGACUGCCAGAAUACGCUGGCUCAAUUGAAGAACGUGGUCAACGAUAUCAACUUAUGCACAGAAUCGGAUCAAUGCAUCCAAGCACUCAACAAGGUUGACAAGGAACAAGUCUUCGUGAUAACAUCAGGCUCAUUAGGUCAACAUUUGGUCCCUGAAAUUCAUGGCAUACCACAGCUAGAUGCCAUUUACAUCUUCUGCGGUAACAAAUCCAGACAUGAAGAAUGGACACAAAACUGGACAAAAAUCAAAGGUGUCCAUACAAAUAUCAAAGAAAUAUGCCAAGCAUUACAAUUGGCGGUUAAAAAAUGCGACCAAGACACAAUUGCCAUCAGUUUUCUUACGAUGAACGAAAUAGCUUCAGCUGAUAAUUUAAAUCAGUUGGAGCCAACUUUCAUGUAUACCCAACUAUUCAAGGAGAUUCUCCUUGAUACUGAAUAUGAUCACAAGGCAAUCAAGGACUUAGCAGCUUUUUGCCGUGAAGUUUUUACGGAUAAUCCAACUGAACUACAAGUAAUUAAAGAAUUCCAACGUGACUAUCAUCCACAAAAAGCAAUAUGGUGGUAUACACGUGAGUGUUUUACCUACAAAAUGCUCAAUCAAGCACUUCGAACAUUGGAUGCCGAUAUCAUCAUUAACAUGGGCUUCUUUCUUCGUGAUGUGCAUCAACAAAUUCAACAACUGCAUGAACAACAGGUCAGUAGUUAUGGGCAAAAACCUUUUUUAGUUUAUCGAGGACAAGGUCUUAUGAAAUCAGACUUUGAAAAACUUCGAAAAACAAAAGGCGGACUCAUGUCAUUUAAUAACUUCUUGUCCACCAGUACAGAUAAAGAAGUGUCUGUCCAUUUUGCUCGACGUGCUUCAGCAGAGCCAGAUAAGGUGGGCAUUCUCUUUACAAUGUCCAUUGAUCCUUGUAUCAAAUCAACACCAUUUGCCUCCAUUCAAGAGGUGAGUUAUUUUAAAGGAGAAGAAGAAAUUCUCUUCUCGAUGCACACUGUCUUUCGAGUGAAUACAAUUAAACAAAUGGACAAUAAGAAUCAAUUUUAUCAAGUUGAGUUACAAUUAACAUCGGAUGAUGAUCAACAACUACGAUUGCUUACUGAUCGGAUACGAGAAGAAGUUGAUGGUACUGGAUGGGAAAGAUUGGGCACAGUAUUACUUAAAAUUGGUCAAUUUAAUAAAGCUGAAGAACUUUAUAAUGUAUUACUUGAGCAGACAUCUGAUGAGAGUGAAAAAGCGCUUUAUUAUAAUCAGCUGGGCUAUAUCAAAGAUGGGCAGGGUGAUUAUAAAAAGGCUAUUUGGUAUUACGAACAACGGCUUGAAAUUCACCAAAAAACUCUGUCUUCAAAUCAUCCUUUAUUGGCUAUUUCAUACAACAACAUCGGCAGUGUGUAUUAUAAGAUAAGAGAGUACUCGAAAGCACUUUCAUCUCACGAAAAAGCACUUGAAAUUCGUCAAAAAACUCUUCCUUCAAAUCAUCCUGAUUUGGCUUGUUCAUACAACAACAUCGGUUUGGUGUAUAAAAGAAUGAGAGAAUACUCGAAAGCACUUUCAUCUCUCGAAAAAGCACUUGAAAUCUUUCAAAAAACUCUUCCUUCAAAUCAUCCUUCAUUGGCUACUUCAUACAACAACAUCGGUUUGGUGUAUGACACCAUGGAAGAGUACUCGAAAGCACUUUCAUUUUACGAAAAAGACCUUGAGAUUUGUCAAAAAACUCUUCCUUCAAAUCAUCCUGAAUUGGCUGCUUCCUACAACAACAUCGGUUUGGUGUAUUACAAUAUGAAAGACUAUUCGAAAGCACUAUCAUAUUAUGAACGUGCUCUGGGCAUAUGGCAACGUGCAUUACCUCCAACUCAUCCUCAUAUAAAAAUGGUGAAAGAGAGUAUUGAAAUUGUAAAAAAGAAAUUAUAA